CUACUGCUCGACCAAUCACCGUACAGCAAAAACAAAAAAAAUGAAAAAAGAUGGGCGGAACCGAGAGUGGCGGCAAAGGGAUAUAUAUCCACACGCAGCGAGACAUUUAUCACUAAACUGUAGUCGGCUGUCGAAACACGCCGCUUGUUUGAGACAGAACUACAGGGACGAAAAGAUGGAACGCUCCGUGCGGGUGGAGGGCCUCGACAUGGAGGCGAGCACCGAGGACAUCCGGGACUUUUUCGCCCGUUCGCGCACAGCCGUGGGCCGCGUCUACAUCCUGGGAGGACCGCGGCGGGAGGCCUUGAUAGAGUUCGCGUCCGGAAACGACGCUCGACGUGCACUUCGCUACAGCGGGCGCUUCCUGAAAGGCUCAAAGGUGAUUUUACACAAGAGUAGCAUUUCAGAGGUGAAACGGAAACUGACAUACUUUUGGAAUAAGAAGAAGAAACGGUCCCUCAGUGAACCUCUGCCACACGAGGAAGUUCUCCCACAGAUGUCAACUGAUGACUGUAGAACUGUAUCAGUGCGUUUUCCCACAAUCUCGCCACUUUCUGUAGCCAAUGAAUUCAUCCAGACUUCAGACAAGCCCCGUGAUCCUAGAACUGCGUCAGCCCGUUCUCCCACGAUUUUGUCACCUCCUAGUCACACUGAAGUUUUCCAGACUACCGACAAGCCCCAUGAUCCUAGAACUGCGUCGGCGUAUUCUCCCGUCAUUUUGUCACCGCCUGAUCACGCUGAAGUACAGACUUUCGACAAGCCCCAUGCUCCCAAACUAUAUUUGCAUAACAAUCAUAACGAGUCUUUACAGACCUUUGAUAAGCCAUGUGAUCCGAGAACAAGACCCGUUCCCAGCGGGUGUCCGCCGAUGUGUGACAAGUCACACGAACCCAAAAUUUUAUCACCACCUGUUCCGAGUGAUUUCCUACAGACUGCUGACGAGAUACCCACCGACAAGGUUUAUCAUCCUUUUGCUCCCAGUCUAUCCUCACUCAAAUGUGACAAUCCACUUAAAUACAAAGACUUUUCCACUCCAGUUGAGGGCAGUCAGAAUUCUGGUCCGUCAGAGAUGCCAGACCCUUUACAGAAUGCGUUUCUUUUAGGGGUUCGUACUGUGCUGGAAAGUCUGCAAACCUAUCAAAGUGAACAGUGGGAGGUUUUGCCAGACCUUGACCGCCAGGAGGACAGCAGCGCAAUUACACCAAAACCAGAGUUAUCAAUGCCAGGCUACGUGAGGCUUUUUGGACUGCCACUCUCGACCACAAAGGAGGACAUUUGCUCUUUCUUCAAAGGGCUGAAUGUGGGGGAAGUUGUAAACAUGAAGUUGGAACACCGUUGUGUGUGCCUAGUCAAGUUUGCCCGUAAGCAAGACGCCGAUGAUGCGCUGCAGUUUAAUAGCAAGUACAUGGGGCCCAUCUGUGUGGAGAUACGCAACGCCACAGAGAAGCUGUGGAACUUAGCGAUAAAAGAAUCUGAAAAGGCUCAGAUGGAGGACUGUGAGAGAAACUCCCUCACAGACUCAGGAAAGCGCAAACGACUAGUUCCAGAGGACAACUGCAACCACUCUAAAAAGCCCAGAUUUAUCAGUGAAAGGGAAGAGUACAUUGUCCAGGUCUGCAAUCUCCCAUUAACGACGACUAAGACUGAUUUAAGGAGAUAUUUGGAAUGUCAUAAAUUACCAAGGUCAAGAGUACAACAUCUACUCGACAAGGAAUCCAACAGAACGGACACGGCUUUUCUUAUUUUUAACCAGAAGGCAGACUACGAACAUGCAAUGACCCGUGACGGCUUGCUUGUUGGGUCAGGGCACAUAAAAGUGUCAAUAAUAAGCAGAGACGAGAUGGUUAAAAAACGAAGGGAAAUACAGUGGCCUCGGAAGAGUUUCAAGAGGAGAACGCACACGGGAAGUGAAAUCCCAGGAAAGAAACUGGCUCCAAAAACGUGCCUAUUGGUUCAAAACAUGUCUGAAUGUAUGAAGGACAGUCUGAUGAAAAAGCUUUCCCACAAAUAUAAAGUCACAGCGGAGGAUAUUAGUAUUUUAAGCGACAAUGGUUCUUGCACGGCCAUGGUGCAGUUUAAAUCGUUGAAACAUGUUUCCAUGGCCCGUAAACUCAGCCAAGAGUUGCUGGGAGAAAAUGCGAUAACAAAAUUUAUCACGCCGACCGAAAUGCAGAACUUUGCCAACUAGGGGCUGCAUUAACGGAGUAGCUGUACACUGGAAGUUUUUUUGGGGUGGAAAAUUUUUUUUCCUAGUCCUUAAUCGUCACAGCACCCGAUCCUUUAUGUCCCCAUCUUCAAGGCAGUUUUUGGACCGAUGCCUUGGACCCUAGAAGCAUUUCAUCAUUAACGACUGUCUUGAAAGAAUUGCACUUGUUUUUUUGUAGGGUUGCAGUCAAGUUUUUGUCCUUGAAUACCUUUUUGUCACAACCAGUUACAACACUUGUAUGUUGUCUAACAUAGCAAUGAGAAAUGAUUUUAUGUAACUAGUUUAUUGCAGGAAUUGAACAUUUUUUGUUGUGGCAUAAUCAGCAAACAACUUAAUCAUCCAUCCAUUUUCUGUUUUCAAAGUAAAUAACAGACUGAAAAUAGUCAAAUAAAAAGCUUAAAAGAA